AUGGAGGACGAUGAAAUACCUGACCUGGUUGAAGUUUCUCAGAAUGGCGGCACCUCCAGCGCUCUGAGAGAUGGUCCUGAAAGAAAGGUGCCCAUCACUAUCAUAACCGGCUACUUGGGAGCUGGGAAGACUACUUUGCUCAACUAUAUCUUGAGAGCCGAGCACGGCAAGAAAAUCGCAGUUAUUUUAAACGGCAUGUGA